AUGUCAAGCUCUUUCCAAACAUCGAUUUCUGACCUCGCAGGCAUCCACGUGCCGUCGAAAAAUGUAUGCGAGUGGAUUUUCCAAGGCGAUACAAUUUCUAUGAAUCAAUACUUUGGUGACAUCGCCGAAGACCUUGCUCCAGACUUGGUCAAUGAACUCUCUACGAGUUGCAACUUUGCGACAGUGAAUAUCGACCAACACAAAAAAAUUGUGAAUACAUCGGCACGGUCUUCCUUUGACCAUCGUCUAUCCGACAGUACUUGUGCUGCUAGCUCGUAUGCAGAUACGGAAACUUCCAUGAGACCGCAAUAUACUAGCCCAUCCUCCGAAUCAAUUUCACAGUCCUCGAUCAUUAUCCUGACUCCAACUACCUCCGUUGAUGAUAAUGGGGAUAACAACAUCCCCGUAAGCCAAAAUGACUCGAUCGGGUUGCAGCACCAAUCUGCAUACUCCAGUUUCCCAACCUAUACCAGUAGCUCGACACCUCUCCACACUUGGGUUGGAACCCCCGAAGUUCACGAGCAGAUGGCCUUCAAUCUAUCAGACCCUAAAACUCAUCUGGCCACACAAAAGAAAGGCAAGAAAUUAGCUGGCAAAUAG